GUGCUUUUCUUCCUGCACGUGGAAGGAGACAUCACUAUAUCUACGGAAAAUAGCUUCGAGAAUACUGCUCACUGUGAGAUGACCCGGGAUGAGGACGAUGAGCGGUGUGGCGCCAUUUGUUACCCGAUUGUGAAGCCGUUACUCCGGUACGCUGCCCUAUGCCAGGGGAAGGAUGCAUCCAUCAACGAACUGAAGGACGAAAUCCGAGAGAAAGAUGUUUACAUCGCCCAAUUGGAAAACAAGAUUGAGCUAGCCAAGUCAAUGGAAAUUCAGGCAAUUAAACAGCUGGAGUUUCUCAAAGAACAGACGAAUGCCAGGCAAAAGAGCUCGGAUCAACAGUUGAAGGACAAGGAGACUAUAUUGCAUCUGAAGGAAAUCGAAAUUUUGAAAAUGGAGAAAGAAAUUAAGGAUCAGGCUCAACUGCAAUCGAAGAAUAAUUCCCUCAGAGAACUGGAGGAUCAAGCGAAUUCCCUUAAACGAACCGAGGAAAAGCCGAAAAACAUCUCGGAGGCAAAUAGUUGUCUCUCAUUCAACGAUUCCACUGAUAUCCAUUCCAUAGUGUUGCCCGGAAUAGGACCAUUCCUUGUGCCUUGUAAUUCGAGUGUUUCUGGAUCUGGCUGGACUGUAAUCCAGAGACUAGUCAACUGCCAUGAGAACUUUAAUCGGACUUGGAUCGACUACAAAAUAGGGUUCGGAGACCUGCGGGAGAACUUCUUCCUGGGACUGGAAAAAAUCCAUCUAAUGACCUUGGCCCAGCCUCACGAGUUGUACAUCCAACUCCAAAAUGUUUAUGGAGCAACCAGCUAUGCUCUCUACGAUAAUUUCAUUGUAGGCAGCGAAGAGGAAGGCUACAAACUGAAAUCGCUGGGAGAAUGUUCAGGAACAGCCGGAGAUUCACUAACUGAAUAUCAUCUGAACAUGAAAUUUUCCACAUUGGACCGCGACAAUGACAGAGAUGAGAUACGUAAUUGCGCAAAGAUUCUGGGAGGUGGAUGGUGGUUUUCUUUAAAUUGCGGACAAAGUUUCCUCAAUGGAAAAUAUUAUAAAUGUGACGACGGAAAACAUGGCGGCGUUGCUUGGGCCACUUGGCAGAACUAUGAAUUCACGACCGGGCUUACAUUUACUCAAAUGAUGAUAAGGCCCAAAACAUAGAAAUUUGAUUUGAUACACGCACCAGGACUUUGAAGAAGUUGAACAAAAACUUCAGUUAUUCAUAGCUGUAAGUGUAUAUUUCUCUUAAACAGUAUUCUUACAUGUAUUUAAGUCUGUAUCUGUAUGGUAGAUUUGUAGAUAUGUAGAUUUAUCG